AUGUAUACGAUGAAAGCAUUGGCUGUUACAGUAUGUUUGGUUUUACUGAGUACAGUAGACUGUAAAGGUAAGUACACAUAUGACUCAGUUAAGUUGUUUUAGCUACUAAAAAAAGUACCUUCAACUUGGCAAACGCUUCUACCACACAACUGACAGAUCAUAGUACAGAAACGACUACAGUGUAAGACAAGAUAACACCUGUUUCACUAAAUUGAACCAAUACCUACGUUAAGAUAUUUAUAUAUUAAUUUAUUUUCGAAAUCUGAAAACUUUAAUUUGAAGGAGAUUACUGUAAUUUCAGAGGAGAAAGUACCAAAACAACUACAGAAACAGUCCAAAGCAUUAGCCGGGCAAAGAUUGUAUUUGUCAUCGCUUUCAGUAAGUAGCAAUAAUACUACCGUAACCUCAUUACAGUAACCGCCACUAUCUUGAUCAUAUUACUGGUCAUCUUAAUUGCGUUUAAUACCAAGACUGCCAAGAUUCAACGGAGAGAAAAGCCAAACGAUAUACGACCAUCUACACGAUGA